UGGAAAGUUGUGGUUUUCGUUUGGCUCUUCUUUGGAUCUGGGAGGGCUGCUUCACCUUUCUCUUCCAUAUCUUUAAACAAGAACAACAACAAUAAUAGUAUCUCUCUCUCCGUCUGAUUUCGAAAGUCUUGUUUCCGUGAAACUCCCGGAAUCCCUUUAUUUUCUCUUGUGCUCGAUCUUCUCCUCCUCGUAUCUUUUAGCUUCCAUAUAAAGCUUCCAUUGUCAAUACCUCCCCCUCUCCCUCUGUAAUUCAACAUAUUUUCGAUCGCAGAGUCUUCAAGCGGACGUAGAACGAAGAUUUGUGGUUGUUGGUGUAUUUUUGGCUGUGAAUGGAAGGAGAGAAGGAGCUGGAUUAAAAUUGGAAGGCCAGUGGAGGGUUGUGAAAGAGGAUGUUGUAUCUGAAGCAACCGAGCUCCAUUGUAUGCAUGGGAGAUGGUGAUUGUGGUGUAAUUGUUGUUGGUUGAAUCGGAAAUCUCUACUCGGAAAUCAAGAAUUUGAAGGAGUGCGGUGCAUGCGCUUCUGAUAUUAUCCCUGAGCCUGAGGCUCGGGGAGGGGGAGAUCUCGGAACUCUCUUGGAUUGUUGAAAGUGUUAGAGAGUUAUGGCGUCAACUGCAGACAAUGGUAAUGAGUGCUCGUCCAACACUCUUGGGAACGAUAAUAUCUCUGAUGAGCCGCCCCAUCCCGAGCAGGCUUGUAUGCAGAAGUUCAGGCUCUACGAAACUCGAUCGAAAUUUUACAUGAUAGGGAGAGACAAGAGUAGAACGUAUUGGAGAGUGCUAAAGAUUGACAGGCUGGAUCCAUUUGAGCUUAAUCUUCGUGAGGAUUCUACCACAUAUUCAGAACGGGAAUGUUCUGACCUGUUGAGGCGGAUACAUGAAGGAAACAAAGCCACUGGUGGACUGAAAUUUGUCACUACUUGUUAUGGAAUUGUUGGAUUUAUUAAAUUUCUGGGGCCAUAUUACAUGCUGCUUAUUACAAAAAGAAGGCAGAUGGGUGCAAUCUGUGGUCAUAAUGUUUAUGCAGUCUCCAAGAGUGAGAUGAUUCCACUUCCGAAUUCUAAUGUUUGUGCCAGUCUUACUAAUUCUAAGAACGAGAACAGGUACAAGAAGCUUCUUUGCACAGUGGAUCUCACAAAAGACUUCUUUUUCAGCUACUCGUAUCAUAUUAUGCGCAGUCUCCAAAAAAACUUGUGUGACAAUGAGACAGGGCAUGUCCUCUAUGAAACAAUGUUUGUUUGGAAUGAGUUCUUAACCCGAGGAAUCAGAAAUCACCUCCAGAAUACUCUAUGGACAGUUGCACUAGUGUAUGGCUUCUUUAAACAGGCGACCCUUUCUGUAUCUGGACGGGAGUUCAAAAUUACCCUCAUUGCUAGACGCUCCCGUCAUUAUGCUGGCACCAGGUACUUGAAACGAGGUGUAAAUGAAAAAGGCAGAGUGGCUAAUGAUGUUGAGACGGAGCAGAUUGUUUUUGAGGUCGUUCCUGAAGGUUUCCCAGUGCGAAUAAGUUCUGUUGUCCAGAACCGUGGCUCAAUCCCACUUUUUUGGUCGCAGGAAACAUCACGUUUAAAUAUAAAACCAGAUAUAAUUCUAUCAAAGAAGGACCACAAUUAUGAAGCCACCCGACUUCAUUUUGAAAAUCUUGUCAAGAGAUACGGGAACCCUAUAAUUAUCUUGAAUUUAAUUAAGACUCAAGAAAAGAAGCCUCGAGAGUCAAUUCUUCGUGCAGAGUUUGCAAAUGUAAUUGAUUUUAUCAAUAAAGAUUUGUCAGAGCAAAACCAUUUGAGGUUCCUUCACUGGGAUCUCCACAAGCAUGCUCGAAACAAAGCAAUAAAUGUUCUACUCCUCCUUGGCAAAGUGGCUUCUUAUGCAUUGACACUGACAGGUUUCUUUUAUUGUCAAGUGACACCAGCAUUGAAACCUGAGGGGUGCUUCGACUGGGAUUCUGUUGAGAAUGUUGACAGUGACAACAAUAAUCAUGACAACAAUAAUAACGAAGAGUCUUGUGACAUAGAGAGGAAACUUACUGGAGGUUAUAAUGUUGCUAAUGGGAAUCAUCCUAUCCAGCAACCAAUGUUCCAAAGGGGUGUGCUCAGAACCAAUUGCAUAGACUGUUUGGAUCGCACAAAUGUAGCCCAGUAUGCAUAUGGGUUGGCUGCUCUUGGACACCAGCUUCAUGCUUUAGGAGUUAUAGAUACUCUGAAGAUAGACCUUGAUGCUCCAUUGGCUGAUGAUUUGAUGGGCUUUUAUGAGAGAAUGGGUGACACACUUGCACACCAGUACGGUGGCUCAGCUGCUCAUAAUAAGAUAUUCUCUGAGAGAAGAGGCCAGUGGCGAGCAGCAACCCAGUCCCAGGAGUUCUUCAGAACCCUUCAACGAUAUUACAGCAAUGCGUAUAUGGAUGCCGAGAAGCAAGACGCAAUUAAUGUAUUCCUGGGGCAUUUCCAGCCCCAAGAGGGUAAACCUGCACUUUGGGAGCUGGAUUCAGACCAGCAUUGGAGUAUAGGGAAAAGUCAACAGAUGACUGCAGACCAAGAUCAAAGAUCACUUUUUAAAAGAUGCUUUUCAGAUGGAAACAUCCUUCAUGAAAGCAUCUCACCUAUUUCUGCCACAAACUUCAAUCAGGAAAAGUUCUCCAGUUCCGUUUUGCAGAAUCGAUUGCAAGGGGAAAACCACAUGCUUUCAGAGUCAUCACCUGAAAUAUCAACUUCAGAAAGUGAUGUGGCAUUUUCAAGGUAUACUCCCUCUAUGCCCCGGAGACAGCUAUUUGGAGAUGGACAAAGAGAUCAAUGGCUUGAAAGUGACCAUAUUCACUACUCUGAACACGGCGACAUGUUUAAUUGCUCAAACUUUGUUGAUCUAGACUGGCUAUCUUCCUCUGGGAAUUCAUGUGAGGAAGAGCCAUAUGGAAGGUCAUCAGCGCUUAUAAACUCUCCAGUUGAAGGGCUGUCAUCAGAAAAUGUUGUCAAUGGAAUCAUGGAAGAGACAAUGUCGUCCACUAGUGAAUAUGGUUCAAGCAUGAAGGGAAGAGAGCACACAGGAAUAGAGCUAUCCCUUGGUAAUGUACAGAAACCUAAUGUUGAGGAAUAUCCAGAUGGCUUUGUGCAGUGGGUGAAUUAUGGAGAGACACUCUGCCAUUGAAGUUUGGUACUGUUUUCCUCUGAAUUUGUAUUUCUUCCAUUUGAUUCAAACUGCCAUAAAGAUGCAGUGUAUUGCUGUAGAGAGAAUAUAAAGAGCAGCGGGAACGAAGGGAGAACCAAAACAAUCAUUACUUCAUUAGGCAUUCUUUUGUCAGGUAAAUCAAAGCAGCAUCAUCCUCGCCCUCGCCCUCGUGUAUGACUUGCAGCAUUGAUUCUAUGGUUACCCAAACCUGAUCCCUUAGUAAAAAAUAGUAAAUAACUGACAGUAAAAAUUCAUUUGGAGCUCAACCUUUUCUUAUUCCUCUUUGCUUAUGGACUAUGUAGGUCUCAAUCUUGUAAAUAUGUUUCUGUGAGCUCCGGUUUUAGAAUUUCAGGUGAUU